CUCCUCCCAGUUUGGAUUAACAGAGUCUCCUCUUUUUCAGAAAACACUUAACAAAAAGCUAAAAUUCUUUAAUUGUAGGUACAGGAUAAUUUAACUACAAAGUACUUCUCUGAGCACAUUUGUUAUAGCACUGCAGCAGUGUUGUAAGUAGGGACGUGCUGCGAUAAAUCAACCAGCAGGGACAAAUUCAAUUUUCAAGGAGAAAUAUUGUUGCUUGAGAGAGGAGAUACGAAUGCCUUUAGGGACCAGAGGAGGUACAGUGCAAAGAGAGACAAAGUGAGACAGAGUGUUAACAAGGGCAUCACAGCCAUGGAGGAGAGAGAAAACUACACCAGCCUGCAGGACUUCACAGAGCAGCUGACACCUGGAGGGAACAGGCCCAUUCUUGAACACAGCAACGUCUGUACUCCACGCUCCACCAGAGGAUUAAAAUGGUGAAUUGACAGCUACCAUGCUGUGGACUGUUUUCUGUAUAAUCAGACUCCCAGGUACUGAAGCGGGGCGUUGAGUGUUUGAGGAGUCCGACUGCUCUCCUGAUGGUUAUUGGCUUUUUGGCCUCCAUCUGCGCCAACAUCGUCCUGGCUGUACUCUAUGGUGAACAAGUGAUUGGCAGGCUGGUGCCAGGUGCACACCUGGACUCUUCAUCUCUGGGUUUGAAACUAACCUCGGUGCAGAGACGUUACAUUCAGCUGUGUGAGGACUACACGGCCCUGGGGCAGAGCUGUUCAAAGACAGUUAAGCAGUGCAAGGAGUGUCCUGAAGGAUGGCUUCAUGUCGGGGAUCAGUGUUAUCACUUCAGCAGUGACAAGCUGGACUGGCUGAAGAGCAGAGACAGCUGUGCAGAGAUGGGCAGCCAUCUUACCAUACUGCACACCAUGGAACAGCAUGACGCUCUGGAAAAAGAAGCCAGGAGAAUUGGUGGAUUUGAUUACCACUUCUGGAUCGGCCUGUCUGAUAUAGAGAAGGAAGGAGACUGGAGAUGGGUGGACAACACAACACUGCAACACAAAUUUCAGAAAGUUUCAUCAAUGAAUCAAGGGCUUGGGCGAGGUGAGUAUUUGUCAGAAAUGUUCAGUUAUUUAUUGCUUACCCUGUCUAACCCCCUUUCCUCGUCUCUCUCUCUCUGUCACAGAUAUUGGGAUCAGUGGAGCUCAGAGCCAGAUAACCACCAGUCAGGAGGGGAACAUGGAGAGGACUGUGCCACCUUAAACAGCCACUCAAAGACAUGGUUUGAUGUUCCUUGUGAUCACAUUUAUAAACGAAUCUGCCAGAUGGAAGCCAUUCAGCCUAACUGAAUCGUUAUACAACUGAAAAUACUGCAGAACUGGGAAGUCUGGAAACGACACACUUUCUGGGUUGAAUGUUGGAUCAUCCAGGUCUGAAUGUAGAAAAAUACUAUGUUGAAUACCAUGAACGCUGUCACUGUGUCCUAAAAGUUAUUGUCUCUCUGUUGAUCAUUUUCUGCAAAUUCACAAUUUAAAACUGAGCUGCAGUUUAUUUUAGAAACUACACUGUAGAUUUUAUUUUAGGGUUGUUUUUCCCUUUUUAAUGUUAAUCUUGUUGCUUCCCUACACUACUUCAGACUCGAUGUAUGUCAAUAAAAUUGUCUUUUAUAUAGUCUA